AUGCAAGUAGGGUUGUGGAUAAACUUGUACCGCUCUAGUUGGGGGCGCCAGCGUGGAUGUAAAGCCGAGCUCGGUCAUGGCGUCGGCCCAGCUAUCGACAAGAGCCGCUUAGUCGGCGAGGAUCUCCUCACGGAAUCGCUCGAGAUGGCCUGUCUAGAAUCAAUUAGUACUGAUGAAAAGGGCACUAUUGAUAUUGUCGACGAUGAGUUGGGGGUUGCAAGGAGGGGAAGGUCGGGGGUUGCGAAGGCAUCGAAGCCCUUGAGAUGGUCAUCAUUGUCGACUACAAACGUUGUGCCCGAGCCUAUGGAAAACGAGCGUGUAGAUGUCAGCGAUAUUGUCGCCAGCGAAAAGGGCGGCAGCGGCGGGGGGGGGGGCAUCCGAGUCGGAGGACUGGGCAAGAACCAGAAUAGCUGUCGAGAGGUAGAACUUCGAAUCUCCGGCGCCAACAGAGAGGUGGUCGUCCGUGUCGUAAAGUGUCCGACGGGUAGCGUCGAACACGACGAAGAAAAAGACAGCGAGACAGCUGGUGACAGUGACGCGUGCAGAAGUAUAAUGAUCAUGGUCUCAAUGGUCACGGUUGAUUUAAGUCAGCUGCGGCGCUUGGCCCGGACGCGUCAGUCACAUGUUUGGAAAUCAACCUUAACCAAGGGCACCUAG